ACAGUGACUUGCGCCAGGUUCAUGGGACAUGAGGGCGUGGGGGGCGGUGCGAGUGUCCGGGGCAGAGGGUCGGGCCUCCCGCGGGCAGAGAGCCAAGCUGAAGGCAAGUCUUCAGGUUUGGAGGGGGGCAAACCAGGUGCGGAUGACCCUAUUAACCUCGAGAGGAGGGUGGGACUCCUCAGUGGGGUUGCUCUGAUCGUCGGCACCAUGAUUGGAUCAGGAAUUUUCGUAAGCCCGAAGGGUCUGCUGGAGCGGACGGGAAGCGUGGGUCUCAGCCUAGUUGUGUGGGCUGCCUGCGGCGGUCUCUCUCUCCUGGGAGCGCUGUGUUACGUUGAGUUGGGCUGCAUGAUCCCAUCUUCGGGAGCAGAGCACACGUACUUCCUGACGGCGUUUGGCCACCUGCCGGCAUUCCUCUUCGCCUGGGUGACCAUCAUCCUCCUCAAGCCUGCCAUGCUGGCUAUCAUCUGUCUCUCCUUCUCAAAGUACCUCGUUGAAGCCUUCGCCUCUGAUUGUGAACCUCCGCUCAUGGCCAUCCAACUCCUGGGCGCUCUAACUAUUGGUGCGCUAUCGUACGCCGAGCUUGGAACGCUCGUCGAUGCCUCGGGAGGAGAGUACGCUUAUUUCUUGCAAGGUUUCGCACCGGGGGAGAAGAGGAGGUUAUGGUGGGGCCCCAUACCGUCCUUCCUGUUCGCGUGGGUGUCAUUAUUCUUGCUGAAGCCUUCCUCGCUGGCCAUCAUCUGCCUCACCUGCUCAGAGUACUUUGUGAGAAUAUUCAACGCGGGUAGCAGCAUCAACUGCCUCCCACCAGAUCUGGCCAUCAAACUCUUCGCCGCCUUUGUCAUAAUCCUCAUUACCUUCAUCAACUCGUACUCUGUGAACCUGGCGACGAGGGUGCAAAACGUUUUUACGGCGGCUAAGCUGGUGGCCAUCCUGAUCAUCGUGGUGGGCGGCAUGGUGAAGCUAGGCCAGGGCAACACACAGUAUCUUGCUACAGGCUUCCAGGGCUCUACCAAGAGCUUUGGUGACAUCGCCACAGCUUUCUACAGUGGCCUCUGGGCCUAUGAUGGCUGCGGAUUAAAGAACAGAACUGUCAACAUAAUUUGUGGAAGAGAAAAUUGUGUAACUAAGGCAUCAGUACAACUUGAAGGCAUUAUGCUUGAUUUUAAGUAUUGGCCACUUACAUGCUUUAAUGUAAACACUUCAUGUAUGUAUUAUUUUCCUUGCAGGAACCUACCACGGGCUAUCAUUAUUGGGCUUCCUCUGGUAACCAUCUGUUACCUGCUUGUCAACAUCUCCUACCUAGCUGUCAUGAGCCAGGAUGAGCUCCUUGCCUCGGAAACUGUGGCCGUGACAUUCGGCAAUCGAGUGCUAGGAUGGGCAGCCUUCCUUAUGCCUCUUGCUGUCACGCUAUCUACCUUCGGGGCUGCAAAUGGAACAGCUUUUACAUCUGGCAGGUUGUGCUUUGUUGCGGCACGAGAAGGACACAUGGUAGAUGUUUUGUCAUAUGUCCAUGCCAAGAAGCUAACUCCUUCUCCAGCUCUCCUCUUUAAUGCGGCCAUUGCUUUGAUUAUGGUCAUCCCUUCAGAUAUUGGCUCUCUCAUUGACUUCUUCAGCUUCACUGCUUGGAUCUUCUAUGGGGGUGCGAUGGCAGCCCUUAUUAUUAUGCGCUUUACCAUGAAAGAUGCACCACGUCCCUAUAAGGUGCCAAUUGCUAUCCCAGUCUUGGUCCUGAUCAUCUCUGUGUACCUGGUUGUGGGCCCUAUCAUCGACUCUCCGAAGAUUGAAUAUCUUUAUGCCUCCCUCUUCAUCAUUGCAGGCCUAUUCUUCUAUUUCCCCUUCGUCUACAUGAAGAAGAGUAUUCCUGGCAUGGGCCACAUGACUACUAUCCUCCAGCUGUUGCUCCAAGUUGUGCCCACAGAUGUCAUGCCUGAUGCCUAAAGGACAAACUAACUCAGUUGGUCAACUGGGGCACUCCAGGCUUGAAAAUAAACACUACCCCUCCAAUCUGGGUGAAAAUUUUACAAGGGUCUAAGUCAAAAAUGAAAGUUUGAAGUUUCAACUUCUAACCCAAUGGUUAAAAGUUAUGUGCAGGACCAUUUUGAAGCCAACAUUUGCAAUGUUGAAAGUUUGGCUAAUAGAGAUGGACUCAUGCAUUUAUAAAUGCUCUUUUUAUUAAUCACAUCACACAGAAUCCUUUAAUAGGAUCAAAAGUCAAACAAAAAUUUUUACUUGACAUAAUUUAGUCUUGUCAGCUCCACAAAUUUUAUAUUAAAUCUUGAUGAUGAUUACUCACAACAGACGGUCAUCAUCCAGUUUUCAUUACCUAUUUGGGGGAUUGCUGUGAAUUGUCUCAAGUGUUUUAUUGUGAUUUCUAUUCUGAAGCCUUAUACAUAUGUGCUUAUGUACAGUAUAUCGCAGGAUUACCAAAAUGUAAUGCUAAAAAUGAAAAGUUUGUCCAUUUAUUUCUCAAACUGAAUAUUAUUAGAAACUUGCAUCUAGUGUAGAUGGUCUAUAAGAAUUUUUUAUUCAUUCAGCUAUUCAAAAAUAGUGAUGUGGUCCUCAUAUUAUAUAUGUAAAGUAAAACCUGCUAUAUUUCAAAGCACUUUAAUGUCAAAAUAUAAAACUGAGAACUUUGUGUAAAGCAACAUUUUUUUUUUCCAUUGGUCUGACUUCAGUAGAUUGCACAUAUAACAUUUAAAAUCUUUAUUUUUAAAACUGAUUAAUAAUAUAUACAUUAUAUUGACAGGCAUAAUAAGUCAUUGACUACCAAGAUGCCAUUCUCAUUUAUGACACUUAAAAUUUCCUUGCCACUAAUUUUUAUAUAUGGGCCAGAUAGAGUUGAAACUUGGAAAAGUUUUUUUGUGAUCUGAAACUACCUUUAAAAAUUUUCAGCCAUUUUGGAGUGGGUAGGGUGCAAAUGACUGCCCAUGUUAUCUGGGAAUGUCUUACCAGUACUGGAUUGUCCCACCUUAUCAUUCCAUAAGCCAUCAUUACCAGCAGUUGCAGUACAGUAACCUAAGAAAGGUCUUUUUAACAGCUAGAAUAGUCUGUUUGUCUGCAGUAAUGGCAUGACUAUAAUGGCCAUGGUUUAUCUACUCUUGGACAUAAGCAAGUUUAUUCUCUUCAAUAUUAUACUCUGUUCCUAGCAUAAGCAUGGUGCCCACUGACAAAUGCCGGGACCAGAACAGAAUUUAUGAGUCGACCAAUGAACCAGAUGGGCUUUUACACCAGUUUGGUAGGAUUAUGGAUAUACUGUGGAAACAAGCUUAAACUAAAUUAGAAACUAACAUCACUUCCUCACUGAACCUGAACUGUAAACCUAGAGGAUGUUAAGCCAGUAUGAUAAGCAAUGACAAAUGUACUCUUACAUCAAAACUUGUUUUUAGACAGCACUUGACUUUAGUAAAGAAACAUGUUUUUCUAUGCUGAUUAUCUCCCCCAGAAUAUACAUCAUUCUUGUCACACCUAAUAGUCUUACUGUGUUACAUAUCCUGUUUUCUGCUAAUAGCCAGUGUUACUCAUGAGACUCUCAUUACCAGUAGCAAACAACUGUUAAGUUGUUACAAGACAACCCCGUGGAUCCCACUGACAGAACAAUAGUCGUGUCAUUCAAGUGAUACUCUGUAAGGAGGACUCGCAUUAAAGUAAAAAGAAGAAAUAGUAAGGAAUUACCAGACCUAUGGUAGUGUAGGACCUUAUUUCCAGAAUUAUUCCAUAAAACUCAAACCUGGAGUCAUACAUACAACUAGAAGAGCAAAUCACUUGUAAGGGGAAAAGGGACACACACUUACCAUAGGACUAGUAAACUUCAAAAAGUUGAAUGUGCAAUAUUAGGGCAUCUUAGGAGUGUUUUUUUUUUUUUUUAGUGAAGUUACUUAACCCAUGUACUGAAUGUGUUGUGAAAAAAAUUUAAGUAAAUACCCCAGAUUAUUCUAAGUAGAAACUAUCCAGAACUUAAAUAGAAUUAAUUUUAUUAGGAGAGUGAAGAACAGUACUGUCUGGUAAUUCUGUACAUUAAAGAACCAUAACAUCACUAAAUCAGAUUCAGUUGCCAGUUUUUUCCUCCUUUAGCUCUUAAGAUGUUUUCCGAACAACUCAGUUUAAAUGAGCAUCCUUCUACUUGUUCAGGCCUGGCCAUUUGUGGCUCAGUUACUGGACAGACUUCUAUUUCAUAGCUUUUGGCACUUCAGCUACCAUGAAGCCAUGCUACCCAUUAUGCCUUUUGCUAUCCCAAGGUUCGUUUACACAAAGGCAGAUGCCUGUCACAUUUUCGAUUGCCUUUUUUUCUUCAGUUUUGGACUUAAUAGAUUGAUAUAUCUUACCAUGAUACUCUAGUACGUAAUUUUACAUGUCAUCAAGAUAUACUAGUAAAGAUUAUGAAGAGAGCUUUAAGCAGAAUUCACGAGGAUGCCCAGCAGGAAUUAACAGUCUUUUGCCACUGGUUAUUACAUUGAAGGGAAAGCACUAAAUCCAUAGGAAUCAUGCUGCAUUUGCCACUGGUAAUAUGCUAGCCUGGCAGAGUAACCAUUACCCUUUGAAUCCCAAAAGGCUAGAACAAUUGUUUUAAACCAGUUGUAAUGUUCUUUUGUGAAUUCUUUUUCAACUACAGAAUAUUUUAAUUUUAGGAUAGAAAAAUUUAUUGAUCAGUUUGAUAUCUAAGAAAAGCUUAAUGUUUCUUGUUACUUAAUUACUAUUUUUAAUACCUUCCAAACCUAAUAAUGACAGAAUUACAUUGAAACUAACAUGAAUUGCUAAAGUUUCUUUGUUUUGCUUCCAAUACAAGUAAGUUGACUGCCACACUUGGUAUGUAUAAUAUACAUAAGUAUGUAUAUAUAGUUUAUAAUAUAUUGUAUAUAUAAAUAUAUACAUACAUAUUGUACUGUACAUGGAUAUGAGGCAGUUUUAUAAAGAUAAAAAUAUUGUGUGCCUAAAAUAAAAUUACAGCUUAAAUUCAGUGACAUGAAUCGUAUCUUUAGAGACAAUGCAGUAUGGACCUUUUAUCUUAAUGAAUAUUUAGAACAUUUAAAUAUAUUAAAAUUGCAUCCCUACAGAUCAACAUAAUUUUUUUUGCAGAUCCUGAUGUGUGCUAUUUAGGAUAUUGUAUUGAGGCUGAUUAUUUUGAGAAUAGAUAAAUAAGUUGCUAAUAGUAAAUUCAGUACUUUAAACAGUCUUACUAGUAAAAUCAACCUUAUUACAGUGUAUGUAGAUGUGACAGUACCAAGAGAGGCCUUCAGCCACCCCCAUAAUUUCUGUUCCCCAAACCCACCCUAAAUGAAAAUAAUAACUGUCAUAUAAGAACAUAAGAACAUAAGAAAGGAGGAACACUGCAGCAGGCCUGUUGACCCAUACUAGGCAGGUCCUUUACAAUUCAUCCCACUAACAAACAUUUGACCCACCCAAUUUUCAAUGCUACCCAAGAAAUAAGCUCUGAUGUGCAAGUCCCACUCAAAUCCAACCCCUCCCACUCAUGUACUUAUCCAACCUAAAUUUGAAACUACCCAAAGUCCUAGCCUCAAUAACCCAACUAGGUAGACUGUUCCACUCAUCAACUACCCUAUUUCCAAACCAAUACUUGCCUAUGUCCUUUCUAAAUCUAAACUUAUCUAAUUUAAAUCCAUUACUGCGGGUUCUCUCUUGGAGAGAUAUCCUCAAGACCUUGUUAAU